UGUGCUUCAAAUUAUGCACCUGCUGCUUAACUCAAGGUUCCUUUAGCUUACAAUCACAAACUGAAGGCCAGAUAUUCUCCUUUUUGAUGUUCUCGUACAGCAGCAACACUGGAUUUUUUGUUUCAUGCCAGAUGUAACUUUUCCCAAGUGUCUUGGGGGAUGGUUAAGAUGUUUUCUGGGGGAAUGUGAAUCGUAUUGUUGAAUUAUGCAUGCUGACCUUAAGUGAGGUAAGGCUUGCAAUGCCUGCAGUUCAGGGUUCUUCUGUGAUCUCCUGGAUGCUCAAUGUCCUCCUUCAGUAAUUUUGGUCAACCGACCACCCCUGAGAACACUUAAACAUUGUUCCACAUUUUCUCUUUUUGUGGAUAAUUGUGUUCACUAGAAUCCCUACACUCUUGAAAUAGUUUUUUAAUGAAUGUCAAGAACUUUGUUUUGCGUGUUCUUGAGUUUCUUAAGAUCGAAGCAUGUUGAUUCUGAGAUCCUUUAGCCUACUUCAUGUUGUUAUACUGAUUAUAAUUGUCCCUUUGCUGAAUGAAUUUAUCAACAAUGACAUGCAAAAAUGUUUUUGUUGUCAACCAGUGACCAAAGUAAGUAGGGACUGUUAAUUUCAAUACAACAAAAUAUACUCAAAUAAAUUAGGUAUAAUGUGGUUUGGUACAAGCUAUAAGUAAGGUAGCUUGUGGAAGUGAAAUACUAAUUAGAAACUUCAUUGUUCAAUCAAAAAGGUUGUUAUUUUCUGACUGUCUAAUCUGUUUGAAACAUUUAAGUGUAACAAAGAAUGCAAAGACAGAACAAAUCUCUAACAGCAUCUACAUUAUAACGGUACAGUAGUUUGAGACAAUAUUUUUAGCUAAACGGUGAAAACAUGAAGUGAAAGAUAAAAGCGACCGUUGCAUUUUGUCAGUGUGCCCUUGAGCAAGGCACUAAAUCAUCUUUCAAACUGCACAGGAACAGAGGUUUGUUCUUGUUUUUUUUUUUAUUAUCAGAAAAGCUCAAAUUGCUGAUUCAGCAAAAAUGGACAAAUUUAAAGAAACCCCCCUCCGCUGAGUUGACAUUUUAAGAUGAAACACGUCUCUUCUUAACAUCAGUUUUAGAGCAGCAUCUGUCACAGCAGCACUGCAGAUGGACUACAGCAGCCUCACUCCCUGCGCUCCCAUCCUCCUCCCCUCGAAACACGCACGCACCAUGGAUCCAUGCCUCACCACCAUCCUCUGCAUUCAGCCGUGAUCCACCGACAGAAACAGCCUGAUUUCCCGCACUCUAACCGCUGCCUUUUAUUAUUCACAUCCCUAGUUGUCAUCGGUGCCGAUCCAGCUCCGGAAUGAAGCCGCUGCUUUUGACAACACUGCGGGACAGAGCCAUGAUUCCCUGGCUGCUCUUCGCGCUGCUCGGUCUUUGUUCAGCCAUUGGGCCCAGCAUGCAGGAGGAUGAGGACUAUGAGGAUGUACCUAUAAAUAAAACCUGGGUGUUAUCACCGAAGGUCUAUGAGAGCGACGUGACUUUGAUCCUGAAUAAACUGCUGCAGGGCUACGACAACAAACUACGGCCUGAUAUUGGAGUGCGGCCAACAGUGAUUGAAACAGCAGUUUAUGUCAACAGUAUUGGACCAGUGGACCCCAUCAACAUGGAGUACACCAUUGACAUCUUCUUUGCCCAAACGUGGUACGACAGCCGACUGAAGUUCAACAGUUCAAUGAAGCUGCUCAUGCUCAACAGUAACAUGGUAGGCAAAAUCUGGAUACCUGACACCUUCUUCAGGAAUUCCCGAAAAUCCGAUGCCCACUGGAUCACAACUCCCAACCGGCUCCUGAGGCUGUGGAGUAAUGGGAGAGUCAUGUACACACUAAGGUUGACUAUUAAUGCGGAGUGUUACCUUAAGCUGCAUAACUUUCCAAUGGAUGAGCACUCGUGUCCCCUGGAGUUUUCGAGCUAUGGUUACCCUAAGAACGAGAUCACAUAUCGGUGGCAGAGACGGGCGGUGGAGGUGGCCGACCAGCGUUACUGGAGACUCUACCAGUUUGCUUUUGUAGGGAUGAGGAACACCACUGAUGAGGCGCACACUCAGUCAGGGGAAUAUGUCAUCAUGACAAUCUUUUUUGAUCUGAGUCGGCGGAUGGGCUACUUCACCAUCCAGACCUAUAUUCCCUGCAGCAUGAUUGUGGUCUUGUCCUGGGUCUCUUUCUGGAUUAACAAGGAUGCGGUCCCAGCUCGGACCUCUCUAGGAAUCACUACAGUCCUCACUAUGACAACUCUGAGCACCAUCUCCAGGAAGUCUCUGCCAAAGGUUUCCUACAUAACUGCCAUGGAUCUGUUCGUCUCUGUCUGCUUCAUCUUCACCUUCGCUGCUCUCAUGGAGUACGGCACCUUGCACUACUUCACCAGCAACCGGCAGACCAAGAAGACUAAAACCAGCAACAGUGCUCAGGUACAAACUGAUCUUUUGUCUUUCUUGCUCUGUCUUUUUGUUAUUAGAGCUGCAAAAGUAACUGGGGUUUCUUUGCAGCAGAAGGUUCCUAGCAUGGUCAAUAUCCGACCUGGAGCAUCCCUGUUGCAGAUGAACAACAUCGUGCCAUAUCAGGAUGACGACGACUAUGCGUAUGAUUGUUUAGAUGGAAAAGACUGUGCCAGCUUCUUCUGCUGCUUCGACGACUGUCGAUCAGGGGCGUGGAGAGAAAACAGGAUGCACGUGCGAGUUUCCAAGAUUGAUUCUUACUCACGGAUAUUUUUUCCCACUGCUUUUGGGCUUUUUAAUCUAGUUUACUGGAUUGCUUAUCUGUAUUUAUAAAAUAAAUUGCUAUUUAUAAAUGAAAUUAGCUGGAGUUUAACAUCUGCAAGCAUCUCAGCUGCUUUUAGAAUAGUUAGAAAUAACUUUGCAAACUCUUGCUCUGAUAAAAUUAAAGGGCCUGGCUGCAGUGAGGCAUGGCAUGUUAGUGGCAACAGCUUCAACAUCUUGAUUCUGCACAAUAAGCAGGAACAUUAUCAAAGUUAGGCUGAUUUGUUUGAGAAAUUAGCUGUGAUAUAUAUUGUUUGCAUAUGUAAAACUCCAGUCUACACAGAGGAACUAUUGCCAUCAAUCUUUAAUAUAACAGCCCAAAUGUUUGUUUUCUCUUUGCCUCUGUGCAUUAAUAUUCUGCUUUGCACUUUGCAGCUGGAAUUAAGGCAUAUUGUCCCUAAUUUGAAAGAUAGGUUCCUUGAUUUUUCUUUGAAAUGCCUCAAUCUUAUCUGAACAAUAGCAUAAUAAUUUUCUUAAGAACAAUCAGGGAGCGUAUCUUUACAAAUACAACCUUAUUGUUCUCUGGGUCUUUUCUGUGGGCUAUCAGAAGCAAUGAUGUUUGUUUUUAUGGCAGACAGAUUUUAUACUUUCAUGUAUUAUGUUACAUAAAAAGGAUUGAGUUGAUGCCGUGUUCAGGCAAACAUGUCAGUUGUUAAUUUAACCUUUCCAGCUCUAAAUUGAUUGUUUUCUUACCGAAGAUGUUCAUGAAACUCUGGGCUGGACAUCAUUUUGUACAAGUCUGUGGCAUCUAAAGCACUUCUCAAAAACACUGUCCUUCAGCACAGCAAUAGCGUUUUAAAGGCAGCUUUUAGUAGCAGAUUGUCUAAAAGAACAAAUACCAAUUAGGAUCAUUUUCUCUUUCAGGCAUGCAUGCAUUUUAAAAAAAGAGAUAUUUUCUGCAGAAAUUGAAGAAUGUCAUACAAUUAACUUGUAGUUUCGUUUUAUAUUAGUUUUUCGCACUUUUUGUUGUUCCAAAUCCCCUGGCUGACACUUUAGUGUUCAGUCACCAAGCCAUGAAGGUUUUCAGGUGGCAUUCCUCCUGCAAACGCAUCCUACGGUGUCAACUGUUUUUUUACAUUUUUGUUUUUAAACCAAAAUCAAACAUUGUUUAUGCAGAAUGUUUGUAGGCUUUAGUGUUGCACAGCAGCCCUCGUUAUUAAAUACAAUAUCUCUAUGCUAAUGUAAAUUCAAGCCUUGUUCAAAUGAAUUAUAUCAUUAUAAAAAAGCGACAGAUUUAUACUUUGUUUAAAACGUUGAGCAUUUCUUGUAAAUAUUUAGAGAACGCUUUAACAAUUAGCUGUAAAAUGCUUAUAGAUUAGCAUUUAAUGGCCAAAGCAAGAUAACCUCAGGAUCCUCAAGAUCCUGAAAGCAUAAGAUACAAAUAAAUCAGAAUCUGCAUUUUCACUUUUUUUCCCAAGUUAUUUAAAGUGUAGUUUUAUGACAAAAAAAAAAAGAAAAUUACAAUUACAAUGUCUACCUGAGUGCUGCCAGAAUUUAUUAAUUUCAAAUUACUUUUUUUGUUCCAAGUGGUCGUUAACCACGUUGGUGAAUUACAGGCACACUUUCCUCACCAUAGCGCCUGGUUAGGGUGCUGGUUUGUUACGUCUACAAGAUACUCAGACAACUUAUUUCCUGAAUUGAUCCUCAUCACUGAAGAAAUUACCAUAUAAAUCUUUGCCUUGUGAGCUGCAGACUUUGCUAUUACUAUUUUUGUCUUUGGUCAACUUUGUGUUAAGCGACAAAGACUGAGUUUGAUGUUCCAAAAUGUUCCAACAUCACUCUUUAAUCAACUUUUGGUUGUGGUCAUGCUUUUUAACACAUUUGUCAAAGAUGAAUUUAACUAUCAUGAGUUAAAAGCCUCAACACAUUUGAAAAAAACGGUUGAAGUUGCUCUGAUUUGGUCUUUAACUUGAACGGAGGGGCUGAGUCCUUCAUUUAUUUGACUACAAAUAGCCUUAAGAGGCAAAAUGUUUCUUCCCAAACUGUCAAAAUUAAACUACAAAUAAACAUUUGCUAAUAGGACUACAGUCAAAAUGUUUAAUAGAUGCAACAAGAACAAAUUUUAUCAGUUUUUAUAUGUAAAUAUCCAUUCUGAUUGGAUAAAAUCUGAAUAGGAAACGUUUUAAACAUUAAACAGUAUUCAUGCUGUUUGAGACAGAAUGUUUUUGAGUGAAACAGAGGUGUAGAUAUCAGGAAUAUACUGUGGUCUAUGCAAAUAUACUAGUUUUUAGGAAAUCUGAAAGUUCAUUUGGUUAAAAUGAAUAUUGUACAACUCAUUAAUCAGAUAUCAUAUUUGCAUAACAGUUGAUAAUUAAUGAGAUACAUGAGCUGCGUGGAUAAAUCAAGACAAGAACAAAUGUUUCCUUAAACACUGAAGUUUGUUUCAUCCCAUGAAUUUUUCAUUUCAUUCUGCAUCACUUUGGAUUUUAUUGCAGCUUGUUUGGUUUCAGCUUUAACACCAAACUGCUUAAAUGGCUUGCCUUAAAAAAGACCCAUAUAUGGUUCAGCCAUGCAGCGCAAAUCUAGAAUUUUACUUUAUUUCAUUUCACUGAUUUAACAGCUGUCCUCUGCAGCAACAGCUGUCAUAAUGUAUCUACAUAAGCUGCUAAGGACAGGCUUCAAUAUAUUUCAACUGCAUUAUUUCAAUAGGACAUGUUUUUAGCUUAUUUGUUCAAGGUAAAGGUUGCUUUGUUGUUCAAAAUAUUUUGUAGAGCACUUUCCCUACAAUUAAAUGUAGCAAAAAGUGAUUUCACAGAAUUAAAACAAAAAACAAGCAUGACGUGUAGAACUGAGUGGUGUUAUUCCAGGCGCCUGAGAAAACUAUGCUUGAUUUGCUACAAAUUAUAUUUGCUUGUUUUUUCAAAGUAACUUAUGAUUUAACAUAACUGAAAUCUAGUCAGGUUAUGACGUUAUUUCGAACUGAAAGAGCUCAUUUUCUUACACAAUAAAACUGUUGUAGGUCAGAAACCAAGACAAUUAAGCCUAAUUCCCCUGAAAAUGUUGUUAACUGCUGUGACCUGCAGGGACAGAUAAUCCCCAGAAGGAAAUAUAAUACGGUUCACCAAAGGCACUGGAUCUAACACAAAAACAAUUAAUUUCAGCAUCACAAUCAUCGAAUGAACUAAAAUAUCUUUUAGCAUUUUUUUUCCUCAAAAUUAGAUAAAACUUUGUUUUAUUAAUCUUAUUUAAAGUAAUUUGUUUUAGUUAGUUAGUUUACACAAAAACAAUGUUUCUUUGAUAUGACGAGAAAACUAAAUACAUUAUUUUCACAUAUGAAAUUAAAAAAUAUUUGUUUUACUGAGACAACAAAAUGAAAUAAAUUUUAUUUCCUGAAUACAACCAGAAAAAAAUACUAGUGUUUUACUGAGAUAAGAAAAAACAAGAUUUGUUUCCUCCAAAUACGAUAAAAUGCAUUUCACACACAGAUACAAGAUGAAAUAAGCUUUGUUUCCUCUAGCCAGAAUGAAAUUAACUUGUUUUGUUGAGGUCACGCAAAACAUGUCGCCCUGGGAUAAAGAGAAAACUAAAGAGGUUAUCUCAACACACAAAUUUACAAAUGUAAGUACAGCUCUCCUAGACAUGUGGAAAAAAGUAAAGAAGGAGAUCAAAUCUGAACAAUGUAGGAUUGCUAUAUUGUGUUUAUGAAACAUUAUGCACUUUUUGUUUAGCUCCUUUAACUGUUCUAUUAUUCUGUCUCUAAAAGAUCUGAAGAGAAUUGCAGUUGCACCUUUUCUGUUCCAACAUUGAAAGAAAAACAAUAUUUCCACUACAGGAUAAUUCAUUAAUGCAGUGGGAUGGUGAUCUGUCCAUAUGGUGUUAAUGUUGAACAUGAAAGCAGCUAGUAUUUGGAAAUAACUUUAUAGGUAAAGCAUUUGAAUGAAAUUUAUUCUUUAUGUGCAAAGGGUAAAGAUCUUGACUGAAUGUCAGGCUGGACAGCAGUUAAAACAAAUAAGACUCAAUGCAAUUUUAGCACCUACCAGGUGGACUGUAAGUCCCUAUUUUUCUGCUAUUUUGUAAAUCUUAAACAUAGCAUUUGCAACACAUUUGUGGAACCUAAAACUCCACGAAAAAGAAACUGAAAUAUUUCUGGUUAAAAUAACAAACAUCUAAGCAUGUUUCAGUUUUAUUUAUUUUUUAUUUGUAUAUUGUAACAUAUAACCAAAAUACAAGCUGAUGAUGAUUUAAAGCUAACAUUUUAAUGAGGCUACAACUAAAUGUAAAAACAAUAUUGUUUUCUGGAGCAUCAACAUAUUGCAUUAAUAUUGCCAACUCAUUUAAUAUCACAAUAUAAUCAAAAUAUUUUUCUAUUGUACUGUGGUUCUUCUCUGCCUUGGCUCUAAAAAUCGGGUUUUCAUCUCCAUGUGGGGCUGAAAAAAUUUUAAAAAUAGAUGGUGACUGCCAACUGAAGGUUUUUAAAUGUACUUAAAAGCUGCUCUGAAACUCCAGCAUAUCAUGGCGUUUUGUUUCAUAUUUCUCUUUGUAAGUAGCUUAAAAAAAUCAAAUGCUGUAAUUUUCAGCCCAGCAUCCUCAGAAACCUGAGCAUGCUCCUCACUAAUGAUCUGCAAAGAGCUAAAUAUCUCAUCCAAUUCAAGCCAUAAUAAGACAUCGAUUGUAUAUCUGUGUACAAUAUCACUCUCUGUAAAUGUUGCUCAUGUUGUAUUGUGACUAACUCAAUACACUGUGACAAAAUAAAGCAGUGCCUAGAAAACCCA